AACAACUGGCGCCACUUUCGAGAAUGCUGUGAUGAAUGGUACUGUUGAGUGGAAAACAAAAGCCUAAAGAAGAAAGAAAACAAAGUUCUUUGCAUAAUAUUGUCAUCACACGUGAGACAUGUCUGAUGACUGCAGCCUUGAGGAACUGACAGCAUUCCUUGAUGAUAGUUCCCUUGAUGAAGCUCCUUCAGAUACACAAGAUAGUACGCGGCUCGAUGGAGCUCCAGAAGAGUUGGGUGGCGCUGGGCAGAAGGAAUCUUCACAAAAUAACCAGCCCACAUGUACAGUUGAAAAAAGUCUGUCUGCAACGUCCACAUCUAUUGACCAUUCAGAAGACAGGAUACAAACUCCAAUGCUCUCCCCACCAGUUAUGGAAGGGCCUUCUAAAGAAGACAUCCAAGCGGAGCUGCUGGCGAUGCAGAAGAGAAUGGAGGACUUGAAGAAACUGCUCACUCAGCAGAACAGUGACAGUUUUGAAAGAACAAACAGCCAGAGGUCAAUGCAACCCAGUUCUACUACAAGUUCCCAGUGUUCUAGAACAAUGACGAAUACUGGGUCAAGUGAUCUUACCAAGCUGAAACCCACAACUCGUGUACUACCUUCCUCGGCUGAAAGAUCAAACCAAUGUUCAUCUUUAAAGAACAAAUUUUCGUCACCUUCACAUUCCAAGCCAACAUCAAGUCGGAGUAAGAGUGAUGACGUGCUCAACUCUGAACAGUUAGCACCAGAGUUGUUCGAUCCCUGGGAGGAAGUCGAUGAAAAAAUACCUGUAGACAACCAGCGUUUGAAAACUGCACAAACGAAGACACCAACUACAAAGUCAGAUUUGAAAAUAUCCCCUACUUUGUUCAGCCUUGAAUCAGCUGAUGUUGUGAAGGCCAAGGUUACACGGGUAGCCCCCACAGUACACCCAAACGACAGAGCAGGUUGCUUGGAAGCAGGCCACAACGAUAAUGACGAUGCACCUACAGGCAAACAACUUGAAAAGGAUCUGUUUGGUGACAGUGACAGUGACUGGGAUGACUUUGAUGGUGAGGAAAAGGCAACCCUGACUGGUGAAGGAAGGGAAAUAAAAAAGUUAAUAAAGUCUGGAUCACGACCAAGAACAUCACACAUUUCUUCCGAACACACAGCCAUCCAAGCUGAAAGACCAACAUGGAAGUCCAAGCCGAAAGCCUCAAGUCAGCAGGUCUCAUCUUCUAUGAGUAAUGCCAAGAAGAAUAUAAGUGAUCCAGAUGAGAAAUUUAUCACUGAUGCUUUUACAGGAAUACGAAUUGUUAAACCUCUGGUGUCUUCCACCGAGUUAGCGAGGAAAAUGCAAGACAGAAAACUGAUUCGGAUAUCUCGGCUCCACCUGAAAAUUAAAACCCCUGAUGUGCAGGGCAACUGGGUUACCAUUGGUGUUAUUGUUCACAAGACAGACCCCAAAACAUCAUCAAAUGGCAAGGUGUACACGAUUUGGAAGAUGUCUGAUUUGGAAGACUGUGACCAUGUAGUGAGUUUUUUCCUGUUUGGACAGGUCUACAAAGACCACUGGAAGACCAACUUGGGCUCUGUUGUUGGUCUCUUGAAUCCCAGUAUUAUGGAUAGUGCUGACAAGGCAGUAUCAGAUGUGGCCUUCACAAUCAACAACCCUCACCAGCUGUUGCUGCUAGGACAGUCCAAAGAUCUGGGUUGGUGUGGUGGGAAAACCAGGAAGGGGAAUCCGUGUUCCAACUUUAUCUCAAAAAAGUUUGGAGACUUCUGUUCAUAUCACGUACAAUCUGCUUAUCGUAAGGCGUCAGCAAAGCGAUCUGAACUUCAAGGCAGUUUUACCGGAGCCGCACCAAAGUCAUUUGAGCAAAAACUCAAGAAGACUGGAAGCCAUUUCAUGUAUGGUGGACAAACAUUUUUAUCAAGCUCUGUAAAUCCGAGAAAGAAACCCCAGGACCAGGUUACGAUCAAGAAAUUGCAGUUUAAGCAGCAUUCUAUUGAAGAUGGGAAGAAGGUCACCACGAUGUCUCUGCAUGAACUGAAAGCCAGCGACUCCGUCACGUUGCCGAACAAGCCUGGCAGUGAGGAAGAGGAUAAAUUUAUUGAUUUAAUCUCUACACCUUCUAUAGGAUCCAUGAAUUUAGUGAAGCAUCUUAUUAAACAAGAGAAGACUGCAAACGUCCAAAAUGAAAAGGUGGUACUAAAAUCUGUAACUCCAAAAGAAUUGCUGCAUCAGUAUCAGACAGAGUUAAAAGAAAAGAGGAAAAAUCAACAGCUACAGAAUGAAUGUGCCACCAAGAGCAGUCAAGCGUCGUCAGCACCGGUGUUGGGAAAAGGUUUUUAUCCUGGCUCUGAUAUAUUUUUAGACAGUUGUCCCAAAACCAUUGUGAAAGCAGCAAACAAAAGUGCAGAACUCUCAAGGCGAAAAGCGGUAGCAAAGGUUAUAGCUAAUGGUGGUAUUGCGAAAGAGGACCCAAAUGCUGUGAAGAAAAAGGUUUCUGCUGAGCAUAUCAAGAAAAGAGUGCGGAAAAACAUCGAUGAUAAACCAACAGAUGUACAAUCAGAGGAGCCACCUGCGAAAAGGUCGAGACUGCUUGGAAAUGUCGAUUUAAACUCGGAAGAAGUGAAGAAGUUAAUGAAAGCCAGAUCGUCUCAUAGAGGAGCACUGGCUGAGGUUGAAGCUGAAAAGGAAGAAAAAUAUUUUAACGAACUUGAAAAGAAGGAAAAGAUGGAAGAAAAAAUGCAGUCAAUUACUGAAUUGAAAACAACUGUGUUUACAUGCAAACAGUGCCGAUAUACAGCUUUCUCAGCAGGCGACACGUGCAAGAAAGAACAUCAUAAUGUUGUCAGGCACAGUGCGAUGAAACGCUUUUUCAAGUGUACCCAUUGUAAAACACGCUGUAUAGCUAUAACAAGAUACCCCAUACAUCCUUGCAAGAAAUGUCAUGGUAACAAGUUUGAAAGAACAUCUAUGGUUAAGGAGAAGACGGGACCUAAACUGGAGUGUGAAACCUUGUGUCUACGAGGUGAUGAGAUCAAGUUUCUCAACAGUCUUCAGGAGAACGUCUUCCUGUAGCAGACCGCUUCACUCUCAGAUAAUGGAUCUCAGCAGGCAAAGCUGAGAUUUAUGCUGCCUUCAUUAGAAGUUGUGAAUUUCGUAUUUUCCAAUUCACAAGUGCAUUCGCAAAAUAACACAUGAACACAACCUCAAGCCAUAGAAUUUUAAAAUUUAAUGGGAAACACGUUUUUUGUUCCAUGCCUUGUGAUUAUGGGAACCCAUCGGAAACAGUUUUAAAAAAUAAAUAUAUAUAUGUUAUUUUCGUUGAAUAGGCGUACUCAGUAUAAUAAUCACGAGAAACAAAAUUUCAAUUAAGUUAUUUUUAUCGACACGUUACUGGAAAUGAUUUUUGUCCGUGAAAUUUGAGAGCCUGAACCUCUGAACUGGGAUAGGAUUUUCUUCUCCAUCUUCACAACUUGUGGGGGAAAAUGUGGACCAAACACUAAUCAUUUGUGCAAUUAUGAAUUGGGAUUGGAGUCACAGUGUAGAUUGUGUAUAAAUCGCCUGAACGGUCUAAUUUUAGGUGAAGUCAUGUUCACAAUUUGGUACAUGUGAAUUGACGAUAUUCACGAGGAUCGAAUGAACGCAGCAUUACUGAAUAUUCAGACAGUAGUUUUGAAUGGCCAUACAGAACAGUCCUGAAUAUUCAUAUACUAAUGGAAGCUGCGGGAUGUUUUUAAGGAAAAGCUGCAAUGUCGAAAAAGGGAAUCUUCAGUGAACAUUCUAAAAUACUAUAACAUACUUAUUUAAAGGCAGUCAUCCUCCACAAUUACCCAGCUGAACAAGAUAUCACAUCUCCCCCCACUAAAGAGAACAAAAUUAAUUGAUGUAUUAGACACAGUAUUUUGGGGUACUUGUAUUUUCACCCCUAACAUCUUACCCCUGGAUCCAUGCCCGUAUGACAGAGUACAGUCUUCAAUAUUUAUCAGGGGUGGGAAUUGGUGAACUGUAAAAAAAGAGGAAAUCUAGAGGGGUCCGGGGUGGUGAACUGUAAAAAAAGAGAGGAAAUCUAGAGGAGUCCGGGGGCAAGGACGAUUAAAAUGUGAGGAAACACAAUGUUCCAUCAGAGGAAAACCAUGGAUCCGAGGAGAAUUCCCACCCCUGAUUUAUACAGUAGUCUUGGCUGCUAAUAAUGACUGGAUGUACUUGGUUCACUUGUUACAAACUUCAACUGUGAAAAGAAAUGUCUUGAAGUUUAUUGUUAAAGCUGUCUAACCAUGAUGUCAUCAAAAAGUAAUACGAAAAUGUGUAUGAUACCUGCAAUAUUGAUUUUCUUGCGAUACUUUGCCCAACAAAUAAAAACGACCUAUUCAAGUGUUUACAGAGCCUGAACAGCACAAACUAUAUCUUCCCAAACUAAGUGUCCACCUCUGUAUGGAUUCCAUAUGGACUUCAUGGGUACCUUUGGAAUACAUAGCCAGCUUUCCUGUAGGAAGUAUCACCUGUUGACUGUCGAUUGUUGAUUUGAAAAACUGAUGUACCUUGCAUAUUGACACUGCUGACCAAUUACAGCAUAGUUAACAUUUAACAAGAAAGCAUUAUGCUUAAUUAUAUAAUAUUUUGUUUCAUGCAUUUGUAAUUGCAAAAUAAACAUUUCUCAUAAUGUUAUUUUGUUUAGCAGUGUUAUUAGUAGAGAUAUGCAAAAAGACAUUCAAUCAGUGACAUCAUUCAAAUUUAAAAACUUAUGGUUUUGAAAACGUGACAAAUACAUGGAAGCGUCUAUUGCUUGCCGUGGCACGAGGAAUGAUUCUUCCAACUGAGUCUUGCAGCCAUCCAGUAAAAUUAAAGAACUUCUGACAUUUGAAAAUCAACCUGUGUGUGCCAAGGUUACUUGAGGAAGAACAUCACAGAAUUUCACUCUUUGGCUGGCAAAGAUGCAGAAACUAUUGCCUUUGAUAAACCAGUUAUGAAACAGUGGACACCGGUUGUGAUGAGCAAAUUUAUUUUUAUAUAAUUGUAUAUAUACACAUUUGUAAUAAAAAUGUACAUAGU